CACAGCUUACAGCCAUUUUUAGGAAGAGGGUGCUGUUUAUCAGAGUUGCCAAAUGCUUGACAACCCUGAUUUGAUGGCGAGGGCUCGCUACCCGCAAUAAGUUAAUGUGUACUAAAUUGUAAUUAAACUACGUAGCAGCUUUGUAUUGCGCGUGUGUGCGUGGUAUUGGUAGUCCGUCGUGCCUGCUAACUGCUCGUGUUUCUGCUUUAGGGGGCAGCUGCAGUUGUACCACAAUCGCAGUGCGCGUGUGUAUGAGUGUAUAUAUGAGUGGGAACGGAAAAAGGCAAAAUCCAAAGACAGCGCUGAGCCAGAGGUCAAAAGUGCAAACACAGAACUGCUUGUGGAGUGCAUACAAUGGAUGGCAAGGCCGAAUGCCAGGAGUCAAAUCGACUAAGCUCCAUAUAGUUAUAGUGGAAAGGGGGAGAACAUUGCUGCCUGGUAUCUGCGCAUAUAGAAGAAUAUGUCUAUACAUAUAUAUGUACGUUUUCCUUGCUGAUAAGCAGCUCGAGUGAGGUAGAGAGAGAGAUUGCGCGUCAGCUGUUCAUUGUUUUGGAUGUGUGCGGCGCAGGUUAUGUGCGUUUCGCAUCUUCGGUCUCCGAUCAGUUACGUUUGUGGAAUGAAACCGCUCGUUCUGCGCUCGUUCUGCCCGCUUUGUUUGCUUUCCAUCAUAUCCGCGUGUGUUUACGAGUAGUUUGGGGGCUUCACUAUCAAGGAGCUACAAGCGUCCACUGACGUCUCGUUCUGACGUCCGUAUCCCCAGCCAACCACGCGCGCGAUUGUGUGUGUGCGAAUAUAGUUAUUAUUGUGCUGUGUGACGCAUAUAACGGCAAAAUCGGGGCGUGUUUGCCAUUAGAGAAUCUUCAAUCGGACAGGUGUCGAUGACGGAAAGCUGAAGGUGUCGGGCAUUGUAAACAAAUCAAAAUCUUAAAACCGUGAUAUGUCUCUAUCAAAUAAUCGCUUAUGUUAGUAAUUUAGAUAAUAGAAUGACAAGGACACACAGGACAAGAUCUAUAGAGAAUUAAUAAAUGUGCUAAUCGCGAGGCAAGACAAAACAUAUUUUUUUGAUCAAGUUUCUGCGAACGUUUACAUAUUUUUGAACGAUGGAAAAACCCCAUCCAAAUUAAAAAAAAAAGUCAGCGCCAGCAAGAGACAUUAAAAAACCAUUAAAUGUGCCCUCGCCAUAUCGACAUAAUCAUCAACCGCCAAACUUUUUAGGUCAACAGUAAACUAUUUGCAUAGGCAUCCCCUGGCACCUGUUGAAAAUGAUGCUGAAUAAACACGAGGGAUACCAACGUACAAGCCAAAUGUUUCCCCACCAGCUGCCGCAGCUGCACCAGCAGCCUUAUCUGCAACAGUCUCUGUCCCAGAACUUCCAGCAAUUGCAGUACGCAACGGGAGCAGGUGCUUCGGCGUCAGGGUCCGCAGAGGCUACUGCAGACCUGCUCAAGGCGGAGCGGGAGUCCAUCCACUCCGGUCAGUUUAUGGUCUCGCACUUCGAGGCAGAGGAGGCACAGGACGACCUCGAGGAUGACGGCGAGGUGAAGAUGCUGGACCCUGAGGACCCCGGUCUGGGCAAGUCGGGCGAGCCAACCAACACAUGUCGUGACGUGCAGCUGUACGUACCCCAGACAGUGGCCCACUUCAGCGCCAUGGACCAGGAGGGCGACGAGAGCAGCAUGAGCAUGGUGACCUCCCACCUGGAGAUAGAGACCUCGCUCACCAAACUCUUCAAGUGCAUGAAUCUGGCCUAUAGUCAAAAACUUACCUCGCCCAAAUGGAAUCAUUUCAAAGGAGUGCGACUUCGGUGGAAGGACAAAAUUCGCCUAAACAAUGUCAUCUGGCGUUGCUGGCACAUGCAGUUCAUACAAAAGCGCAGAACCCCGGUGUGUCAAUUUGCGUCGCCGUUGGACGUUGAUAUACAUAGUAAUCCUCAAAAAAGCGAAUUGGACUUUUUGGAAUGGUCGCCUUUGAACGAUAGGAAUUUAAUGCCAGACGAUUGGACCACAGACACCUUAUUCUCGGCUAUAAACGUUCCAUUCCCAUUUCCAGAUUCGAGGGAAAUUGCACGCGGCGCGGGCAUCGCGGACUUUAUACAGCCCAGUCUUGGUCCCUUGCAACCGAAUUUAGAUGACAUCGACAUUAGCUUUUCAGACUUGAUUCCAACCACACGCUUGCCUCCAGUUCCAGAAGAGGGGACCGACGCUGAAAUGCUCAAGAACGACGAAUAUUGCCUGUCAGCGAUUGUCGGGGCUCCUCAUACGCUGUAUUGCAAUGAUAGCAUAAUGGAUGUGGUAAACAGCAGUAACAAUGGCGCUGUAAAUGUGGAUGCUAGCAUGCUUGAGCUUAACACGCCCAUAAAUAACGUGUCGUACAGUGAGGUGGAGCAACGAUUUUCUGUUGCACGACAGGUGCAGCAAUCCAACAAUGAUUCUCAGCUUCUCGGGGACCCGGGAUCAAUGUCAGGACGGAUACACGGAGGGAAGCAUUUUGGAACUGCUAGUGCAAACGAGAACAGCAGCAAUAGGUGUGUUAUAAACGGUCGCGUGGCCAAGAGCACUCAGCGGCCAUUCCGACGCGAGCCCCACAAUUACGACAAGGCCCAGCCCACAAUGCACCAGACGAACCUGUAUCAGCAAAUGCUGGCCGAACAACAGAAGAACCAGCAGCAGCAACACGUGUUAGUGUCUUCUUUUCAGGCUUCCCAACAACAGCAGCUGGCUCAACAGCAACCCUUUUCGGCCCAGGCAACAAACGCCUUUAAUAAUCAGAGUUUUAUUAGCAGUUACGCAGAUAACUAUCAGCAUCAGCAGCAACUCAACGUCAAGGCAGAGCCUCUUCAUGCCGAUGUGCUGUCAUUACUAAACGACAAUGCAUACAAUUCUAUCGGCUACAAGCCCUAUCCGCAAUUUAAGAAGUCCGCCUCGACGGGAACUUUUCUUAAUGUCCCCAGACAGACGCAGCAGCAGCCAAGUUAUCUGCAGCAAGAGCCCCCGCAAAUGCAACAGUCCCUUCCCGUAGGCAUGGCAAAUCAACAACUGUUGCAGCUUACGCGUCAGCACCAGGUUAGCAAUACACAGCAACAGCAGCACCAAACCACAGUGGCUAGCUUGUUGCAGCAGCAGCAGCACCAGCAGCAAAACCAUCAGCAACAGCAACUACAAACUGCUGUCAGCUCAGCCACAUGGGUUUCGCCUAAUACCAUUUUACCUAAAGAAAUCUAUCGCUCCAACAGCUUACCACUGAAUGUUUCCCUUAAUAAACUACCCGAUGGUCGCCAGCUGCAUCAUGAGCAGCCCUUCGCAGUGCCCAAGUAUCACUCCAAGGGCAAGUCAAGGGUGCGGAGUAAUUCGAUGCACCAGCAACACACUUCAGUGGUGUCUGCUGCUGGAGCUGGAAGUUCUUCAUUAAGCGCACAUAGUUGCAGCAACCUGCUGGUCACUCAGCAAAUGCAGCAGGCAACCAGCGAUCCCAUGCUAAACAGCACCCUGGCUCAACUGCUCACUUCGAAUUCACGCCUACAAACAGCAGUGGCGAACAGUUCGUCAUCAAAUUCAUCUUCCGUCAGUGCCAUAGCCACCACUAACAGCAACAAUGCUCCUCCGGUUCAUUACGCUAACGUCACAUCGCCGUUGUCGGUUCCGGUGCCAACACAUCAACACUCACCAAAAAAGUCCGCCUCCUUGCCUAUGGCUAUCAACUCUGCAUUGCACAGUCCCCCUAUAGGAAGUAAAAUACACGGUUUUGGGCUGGCCACAGCUAACAUGGGCAGUAAUAGCUUGAGUUUGUCACCGGAAUCGCCGUUCCACGAGUCACAGGAUUCUCCAUUGUCUCCUACAACCAGCCUUAAAUUUCAGCCGCGAGACACGCAGCGUCGUGCUGGCCAUAUCCACGCCGAGCAGAAGCGGCGUUAUAACAUAAAGAAUGGAUUUGACACUCUGCACGCGCUCAUACCACAGCUUCAGCAAAAUCCCAACGCCAAGUUAAGUAAGGCGGCCAUGCUACAAAAGGGAGCAGACCACAUAAAGCAACUGCGACAGGAGCGCAAUGUUUUAAAGGAUAAAAUUGAAGCUUUGCGCUUGGAGCGAGACGAGCUAAACAAUUCGCUGACGCACCUUCACUCAAUUUUGCCAGCUAAUGGAGCGCCUGUAACGAGGCAGGGUACAGAACAUGUUCGGCAGCUCUACGACAUUUAUGUACGAUACAAUACAAUGAACGACUGGAAGUUUUGGAUUUUGGGUCUCAUUCUGGAACCUUUGCUUGCCUCUUACACGUCAACAGUCUCGAGUGCUAGUCUUGAUGAGCUACGCCGCACCGCUUUCCUCUGGGUUGAUCAGCACUGUUCCCUUAUUGAUCUUCGUCCAGCUGUUACAAAUAAAUUAAAGUAUCUAUCUAUGCAUACGGAUAUUGUAUCGGAGCCACCAAGUACAUUGCAAGAGGAGGUGGCCAAAGCCCUCCAGAAUUCAAGUGGCCAGCAUCCAAAUCUACACGGCCCCUAACGAUUGAUGCUGAUGUCCGUGAUAUGAAUUUAUUUAAUUCAAUCUUUAUUUUAACAAAUAAUUUCUGCAAACUGCUCAGCACUAAUUGUACAAAAUGCCUAAUAAGCAUAUUUUUAUACAAGAAAUGGGCAGCCGACAACCAAUAAAUACGCAAAGCAGCAAUUAGUGCCUAGAUUCUUGACUUAAGCGUAUAAUAAACUAACGAUUUUACAAAA